CGUCUUCGCGGCUGGCGGGCCACGUGUUGGCGACCGGCGCCGGAGAUCCGCUCGCCCGUCUUCCUCCCCUGCUCCGCUCCGCUCCCCUUCCCCCAGUCGAGUCUCCUCCGCUGCCGGGCAUCGAGUCCUUCUCCCGCUUCCCAAGCCGCGUGCGUGGUUCUCACGGCCGGGGACCCCGAUACCCCGCGGAGGAACUGGCGGUUGCUUCCCACGCGCGUCCCCUCCUGAUCCCCUUCUUCCCAGUUGCCGUGCCGCGCGAUGGCGGCGCCGCCUUCCACCUCCUCGCCGUCCGGGGAGGUCCCCGUCGAGAGAUCGCCCACUGACCUAACCGGCGGCGACGGCCAGGCGUCGCCCUCGAGGGCCGAAUUGCUUAGCAUGGUGAAGAAACACUCGCAUCUGAUCGGGUGGACCGUCGUCGAGGCCGAGGACGAUCCGGCCGACGUCGAGAUGGAUGAUAAAUUCUGGCAUGAGAUGCUUGAUCUCUUCUUCGUGCGUGGUAGGGUCUCGAGGAGCAGGGAGGAGGACGACCUCGUCUUCUUUGUCAAUAGCAUGAUGCAGAAGAUGGAAGAUCUGCCUCCCUUUUUCGUGCGGAGAUGGGCUCCUACGCUUGAAAAGCUCAUCAAUGCUAAUUCAACCGAGGUUGAUUGGGAACGUUCCUUCUAUUUGAAUUUAGUCGCUCACACGUCAUAUACUGUCACGGUGGCAUUGUGCAGUAUCAGCAAUCUUCGCAAUCGUGCAGACAAAAGCAAGCGGUUGCCUCCAAUUUAUAAGGUUUCGAAAACUGUAUAUGCAUCCCCUAGCCGUGUAAAUUUCCGCCUUGAUCAAAGAAAGGCUGUAGAAACAGUACCUGCAUAUCCCAACAUUUAUUUCUCAGUUGAUGACUUCGAUGAUCCUUUUGAUGCUGUGGUUUUGUCAGACCCAGAACACUGCUAUUGUGUGAUUCUCAAUGCACAUGAUGGGGCGGCAUUUCCUGAAGAAACCGGAUCAAGCAAUGUCAGUUCAAAUAUACAAUCUGCGAUCAACUCUGGGAGCAUUGGAGAGAACCCACCAAAGAGAACUCUCUUCUCGGGUUAUGUCAGCUAUCAAAAUGUCCGUGAAGCUUAUGAUGCUGGCAGAUCCAAAUUCGGGAGCUUCCUCUCACUUGGGCAGGACAAUACGAAACUCGAUAAACUUUUCAUGAGGGGCCCUGAAGGACGUGGGGAAGUUGAAGUUGCUGUUUCUGGGAUUGCAGAUCAGAGCCGUGAGAGGUCAAAGAAAGAUGCAGGAGAUAACUUCCGGGUUCUUGUUCGUAAGGCGGCUUCUGCUGCAUCAAAGUUAGCAGAGCAGGCCUUCGAGGCUGCAUCUGCCAACAAACGAUCGGAUGAUAAACUUCUUCCUCUCAAGUGCUGUUUGAUGUCAGUAUCUCUUCCUUGGGACUUCAUUGCUCAUGACCUGUUGCACAAGGAAACACCGCCUUUGGACUUCUGAUGCUGCAAGUCCACCCUCACCUAAAGGGGUAGGGCUUGGACAUGAAACUUCUGCCAAUGUAACGAGGAAACUUCCUGUGCACAAUCUCUACCGUUCAUAGAGGUUGCGCAGAAGUUUGUGGCUUGAUAUAUUGUAGGCUCAGAUGGCGCAUGAGGAGGGAUGGAGGUACCCAAGAAACUGGGAUGCGUUGUGCGUUGUGUACUUUGUUAGACCAAACUGGUAGUGUUUGAGCCUGUCGCUGUGCCGCAGACUACUACUGUAGAUGACUAGGGCAUGUAAAUAUUGAGUGGUUCUUCCUGAGGAAAAAGUAUCAAGUGCUCCUUCCAUAGUUUUUUAUGCUGUUGAUUGAAAAGUUGUACCGUUUAGUCCACUAUAAGCAUAAUAUCAUUGAAGCUUUGUGUUGAA